AUGUCGUUAGCACAAGUCAGCAAAGGCGACAUGUCAUACCAAGUACGAUCGCUGCGUCCUGGUAUCGGCCACGAUAGUUGGAGAACGGCAAAUAUGCUAAUGAAUCGAUGUCUGCAGUAUCGGUCCCUCCUCCGUCAAAGUCGCCAAUUCGCCGCAUACAACUUCCGAGAAUACGCCAAACGAAGGACGCGCGAUGCUUUCCGGGAACAUGAGAAGGAGACCGAGGAGAGGCGGAUACAAGAGCUAAUGCAGAAAGGGCUGAAGGAGCUACAAAUGCUCAAGAGACAAACCGUAGUCAGCCAAUUCUAUCAGCUCGAUCGAUUAGUAGUAGAAGGUGGGAAGACUGGCAAGGAGACAAGGGAUAAGGGCGGGAUUGCACGGCAGAAGGACACUGGGUGGGACUGA